AUGACUGCUGAGUAUCGUGCUCUUAUUAAAAGAGAGACUUGGGUAUUAGUGCCUCACCAGCCCAACAUGAACAUUAUACGCAGUAUGUGGUUGUUUAAGCAUAAAUAUAAAUCUGAUGGCACAUUAGAACGAUACAAGGCAAGAUUGGUUUUUGACAGAAGGUCGCAACAGGUGGGCAUAGAUUGUGGUGUGACUUUUAGCCCAGCUGUUAAGCCAGCCACCAUAAGGACUGUUUUAUCUAUUGCUCUCUCUAGGUCGUGGUCGGUUCACCAGCUUGAUGUGACCAAUGCUUUCUUGCAUGGCAAUUUGCAUGAAACAGUAUAUAUGUAUCAACCGAUGGGUUUUCGUCAUAAGGAUUAUCCUAAUUAUGUGUGUCGUCUUAAAAAGUCUCUUUAUGGUCUGAAACAGGCACCUCGUGCUUGGGAUGUUGCUUUUCUUCUGCUGUAUGUGGAUGAUAUUCUUCUAAUCACUUCUUCUGACCAUCUUAGACACAGACUCAUGAAUUGUCUUGCAUCCGAUUUUGCCAUGAAGGAUCUCGGUCCUCUCAGCUUCUUUCUUGGUAUUUCUGUUACCCGAACAAAAGAUACUAUGUUUCUCUCUCAACAUGCAUAUGCUCAGGAUAUUAUUGAAUGGGCGGGGAUGCGUUCGUGCAAUCCUGUUUCUACACCCGUUGACACCCAUUCCAAACUGGGUGCCGCAGCUGGCGAAGAUUUUGAUAACCCGACUCUGUACCGGAGUCUGGCUGGGGCAUUGCAAUACUUGACUUUUACCCACCCAGACAUCAGCUAUGCAGUUCAGCAGGUGCGUAUGCACAUGCAUGCUCCAAAGACAGAACAUUGGAAUGCGCUAAAGCGCAUUAUUCGGUAUAUCCAAGGCACCUCAUCGCUUGGUCUUGUUCUUGGACCCUCUUCCGGUCCGAAUUUACUAGCUUAUACAGAUGUUGACUGGGCGGGUUGCCCUGACACUAGAUGUUCCACCAGUGGUUACUGUGUUUAUUAUGGUGAUAAUCUCAUUUCUUGGUCUUCUAAACGACAACCUACAAUUUCUCGUUCUAGUGCCGAACCUGAAUAUCGCGGGGUUGCUAACGUGGUUGCCGAAAUCUGUUGGAUGAGGAAUCUUCUUCUUGAACUUCAUUGUCCGUUGACACGUGCCACUGUAGUUUAUUGCGACAAUGUCAGUGCUAUUUAUCUUUCUGGCAACCCGGUUCAGCAUCAACGCAGAAAGCACAUCGAGUUGGACAUACACUUCGUGCGUGAAUAG